CCCGGAGGAUCGGAAUGUUCCCGGAGCUCAAUAACCUUUUGAAUACAACCCCUGAAAGGGCGGAGCAGGGGAAACUGACUCUACUCUGUGAUGCCAAGACAGAUGGCAGUUUCCUGGUGCACCACUUUCUUUCCUUCUACCUCAAAGCUAAUUGUAAAGUCUGCUUUGUCGCUCUCGUUCAGUCCUUCAGUCACUACAAUAUCGUGGGACAGAAGCUGGGUGUCAGCCUGACCACUGCACGGGAGCGUGGGCAGCUUGUGUUUUUCGAGGGUCUCAAGUCCUCGGUGGACGUCUUCUUCCAGGCCCAAGAGGAGCCACACCCCCUGCAGUUUCUCAGGGAGACCAGUGCUGGGGAUCUGCGGCCACUGUAUGAGUUUGUGCAGGAGGCCCUGAAGCCCGUGGACAGUGGGGAGGUCACGUGGAGGUGCCCGGUGUUGCUGGUGGAUGACCUCAGUGUGCUGCUGAGCCUGGGCGUGGGGGCUGUGUCUGUGCUGGACUUUGUCCAGUAUUGCAGAGCCGCCGUGUGCUGGAAUCAGAAGGGAAAUAUGGUGGUCCUUGUGCAUGACAGCGGAGACUCCGAGGAUGAAGACAAUGACAUCCUCCUGAAUGGUGUCAGUCACCAGAGCCACCUGAUCCUGCGGGCUGAGGGCCUGGCCACUGGCUUCUGCCGGGAUGUGCAUGGGCAGCUGACAAUCCUGUGGAGGAAACUGUUGCAGCCCACAACCCAACGAGAGCGGAGCCUCACUUACCAAUACAAGAUACAGGAUAAGACUGUGUCCUUUUUUGCCAGAGGAAUGUCUCCUGCUGUUCUGUGA